AUGGGUGAGGUCUCACAACGGUUUGGGUACCAAAACCCACUGUUGUACCCAUACAUGGCUAUACAGGCAAAUCCAAUAAUUAGCAUUAAGGAAGAAAUACGCGUCGUUCCCUUCCUUUUGACCUGUGCUUUAUUUUCUAUCCAGGUCAUACAUUUUUUCCUCAAGAAAUUCCAAAAACGUUCCGAUACGAACGAAGACGAAGAUGAAAUCACAGCAGAAACCACGUCUCCGGGAUUGGUUACGCGUCUCAAAAAACACGCCAAAUCUUUCGGGGGGAACACCAUAUACACAUUCUACUUUGCGCGCUUUGUUGGGAGUGCUGCUCUUUUCGUGUUGUCAGUUAUCACUUCCCUCAAAUGCCAACCAGACAGACUAGGAUGGACGGAUGUCAAGGGCAGGUUCGACGAGUGCCCAGAACUUUUUUUGACGGUCACAUACUUGUACUCGACGUUCCUAUCGAUCGUGUCCUUGACUUCAAAAGCCUACGGCAAAUGGGCAACCCGAACCAACAUCGUCAUCCUGCUUUCAGCACUAGGUGUUUACAUUUACCGCGAUCUUUGGCCUCUCGCAACAUACGACCAACGUCCCGCUGAUGAAAGCGAGGGAGCUGUUCUCGUCUAUAAAAUUAUCAUUCUGGCGUUUACUGGUGUGGUCAUUCCGAUGUUCAUUCCUCGAAUUUACACUCCCAUCGACCCGAAUGACCCUGAAUCCGUUCCCAAUCCUGAGCAAACAGCAUCGUUGUUCAGCAUGAUAACGUACACCUUCCUCGACUCGACUAUAUUACUUGGAUACAAAGUCCCACAUUUGAAAGCCGAACAACUUGACCCUCUUACAGACCGCGAUCGAGCGCAGUAUAGGACAAAAAAGGCAUUCCCACAUCUGGAUAUAUUCCAUGGAGCGAAGCGCAGAUCUCUUUUCUGGGGGCUGAUGCGUGUUUACCGCAAGGAGUAUAUCAUCCUUGCCAUCUCCGUUAUCUUUUAUUCUUUGGGAGGCUUCGCAGUUCCAAUUGGUAUCAAUCGUGUGUUAUACUAUAUGGAAACUAAUGGCGAAGGUGCCACAAUUCGCCCUUGGUUUUGGAUCUUGUGGCUCUUUGCAGGCCCUUUGAUUCAGUCUUUCUCCUUCCAGUGGUAUAUUUUCAUCGCUACAAGGACCCUUGUUCGUGCAGAGGGCCUCAUUACACAGUUGGUGUUCGAACACAGCUUGCGCAUCCGAAUGAAGGCAGAAACAAAAGAUCAAGCUGUCCAGCAACAAUCGUCUACCCUUGGAACACCUACUGAUUCCGCUGUCGUUACCCCGGAUAAUGCUUCUGCCAUCACAGACGCAGAAUCAGAGCAAACAGAGGCCGCUCAUUCACAAAAUUCCACUGUGGUAGCUGUUUCUCGUGAGACUUCUAGUGCCAGUACAUUAAGGGCUGCCAAGGAGCCUGCCAAAGGAAAGACAUCGACAGAAUCUAAAGCGUCAGCUGAGGAAUCAAAGGGCUCGGACAGUGACAACCUCGUUGGCAAGAUCAACAAUCUAGUCACAACUGAUCUAGGAAACAUCACGAAUGCAAGGGAUUUCCUUAUGAUCAUUCUGUACAUUCCUGUCCAAAUUACGUUCUGUAUGAUUUUCUUAUAUCAAGUUCUCGGCUGGAGUUCUCUUGUCGGUGUCUCGGUCAUGAUCGUUCUUCUCCCUGUACCCGGAUACUUCGCCUCAUUGCUUCAGAAAGCCCAAGUCCAAAGAAUGAAGAAGACUGAUGCCAGAAUCCAAGCAGUGACCGAAACUGUGGGCAUCCUUCGUAUGAUCAAGCUUUUUGGAUGGGAGCAAAAGAUGUCCGAUCGCCUCGAGAAAACACGAGAAGAAGAACUCAAAUGGCUGUGGAAAUUAAAACUGCUCGACAAUUUGAAUGGACUAUUGGGCUUCCUCUAUCCAAUGCUAACAAUGCUGGCAUCGUACAGUCUUUAUACCCUUGUUAUGAAAGAAACACUUACGCCUUCCAAGAUUUUCUCGAGUAUCAGCGUCUUCAACAUGUUGAGAGAACAAUUCUAUAGGCUUCUUCGGCAGGGUGUUGAUCUGAUUCAAGGCAAAGUAUCUCUGGAGCGUGUCCAAAAUUUCCUAUACGAAACAGAGCUAUUAGAUGCCUAUCUCGAUACACCCUCUACACCCGUUCCAGAGGUACCUGUUUCUAUUGAAACAAGCUCCGAAAUCGGAUUUAGAAACGCAACCUUUACAUGGUCCCUCGACGGGGAAGAUGGCACUAUGACACCGUCCAGGCGUCAGUUCAAACUCCGUAUCAAAGAUGAACUCAUUUUCAGGAAAAAUUGUAUCAAUUUGAUCAUUGGGCCCACCGGCUCAGGGAAAACCUCCAUUCUGAUGGCAUUGUUAGGCGAAAUGCAUUUCGUUGCUUCUAAUCCUGACUCGUGGUUUAAUCUUCCUCGCGAUGGAGGUAUCGCAUAUGCUGCCCAAGAAUCAUGGGUACAGAACGAUACAAUCAAGAACAACAUUCUAUUCAGGACCCCGCUAGACGAAGAAAGGUACAAAAAAGUCAUAAAGCAGUGUGCCCUAGAGCGCGAUCUCGAACUGUUUGAAGCGGGUGAUGCCACGGAAGUCGGAGAACGUGGGUUGACUUUAAGUGGUGGACAGAAGGCGCGUAUUACUCUCGCGCGGGCAAUUUACUCGGAGGCGGAGAUCAUUCUGCUUGAUGAUAUCUUUGCAGCAUUGGACGUCCACACUGCAACCUGGAUCGUGGAAAAUUGUUUUAAAGGCGACCUUAUCAAGGAUAGGACAAUACUAUUAGUUACCCACAACAUUGCUUUAGCCAGCCCUAUUGCAGACUUCGUUGUUUCCAUUGGAUCCGAUGGAAGGAUUAAAUCUCAAGGAAUCAAGGUCUCUACUGCUUUAAAGCGCAACCCUGCUUUGGCCGCUGAAGCCAAACACGACAAAGAGGUCAUUGAAAACGCGCAAACUGAAAUCGUUGAAACCGAGACUGUCCCCAAAAAACCUUCGGGUGAUGGAAAGCUCGUGAUUGCCGAAGAAAUCGCGGAAGGUCACGUCACGUGGAAGUCAAUUAUGUUACUCAUUCGCAGUAUCGGUGGCAAGCAUCCUUUUGUGUACUACACCGUUAUUCUUACCGUCCUCAUUUUGGUGGAGUUUAUGGUGACGUUUCAAACAUGGUAUCUUGGACACUGGGGUCAGCAAUAUGUUGGUCGUGAUCCUUCUACUGUCAAUGCUGCAUACUAUAUCAAUGUUUAUACCGCUAUCGCCAUGGUUGCUUGGUUUACGAACUUCGCAGUAUAUAUGCUCUUUGUCAUUGGUUCUUUGCGAGCAUCGAAAACUAUCAACAAACUACUCAUGGAUUCGGUACUCGGAAGCACUCUAAGAUGGCUUGAUGAGACACCAACUGCACGUAUUAUAACACGAUGCACGCAAGAUAUUAGAACGAUUGAUAGCCAGUUACCCCAGAACGGCAUGUGGCUCGUGGAUUGUAUGGUCGGACUCACGACAAAGCUAGGCGCCGUGGUUAUCUUCACUCCUAUAUUUCUUUUCCCAGGACUCGGAGUUGGUGCUAUAGGAUUCUAUUUGGGCAACAUGUACCUCAGAGCUCAGUUGUCUGUCAAACGCGAAACAAGUAAUGCACGUUCCCCCAUGCUCUCACACUUCAGCGCAGCGAUACAUGGAAUAGUAUCUAUUAGGGCAUAUGGAGCGCAAGAGCUCUUUAAACAAGAAUCUAUGAAUCGGAUCAACCACUACACUCGCGUUGCUCGCAUGUCCUACAACUUAAACAGAUGGAUUGGCGUUCGUAUGGACUUCCUUGGGGCAUUAUUUACUUCCGCGUUGGCUUUAUAUCUCAUAUACGGACCAAAUAUCGGUGCUUCGAACACCGGCUUUUCGCUCAGUAUGGCCUCCGAUCUUACAUUGUUCAUCUUAUAUGUGGUUCGAUUGGGCAAUGAGUUUGAAGUCAACUCAAACAGCUUGGAGCGCAUCCAGAGCUAUCUAGAAAUUGAACACGAACCGAAGUCUACACCAGCAGGCCAGCCUCCCGCAGCUUGGCCCACUAGCGGUGACCUCCGCGUUGAACAUCUCAACGCUCGUUAUUCCCAGAAUGGUCCUCGAGUCUUGAACGAUGUCUCAUUCCAUGUCGAAUCUGGGCAGCGCGUGGGAAUUGUUGGCAGGACUGGUAGUGGAAAGAGCUCUUUGACACUUGCUCUUCUUCGCUGUAUUCUUACUGAAGGAACUGUGUACUACGACGGCAUCCCAACGAAUACCAUCAACCUUGAUGCUUUGAGGUCAAAUAUUACCAUUAUACCACAGACUCCUGAGUUAUUGAGUGGUACAUUGCGCCAGAACUUGGAUCCCUUUGAUCAGAACGAUGACGCUACUCUGAACGAUGCAUUGCGCUCCGCGGGCCUCUUUUCUUUACAAGAAGAGGCAGACGAAGGUCGAUUGACUUUAGAUUCUGUAAUCUCAGGAGGUGGGACCAAUUUGUCCGUUGGACAAAGACAAAUUAUAGCGCUUGCACGUGCUAUGGUUCGCGGCAGCAAACUUCUGAUUCUAGAUGAAGCAACGUCCGCCAUCGAUUACAAAACAGACAGCAUUAUUCAGAAUACCCUUCGUACGGAGCUCGGUGGUGAUGUCACUGUUAUUACUGUAGCCCAUCGUCUUCAAACAAUCAUGGAUUCCGAUCGUAUUAUCGUCCUUGACAAUGGCCAAAUGGCCGAAUUUGGUAAACCCAAGGAACUUUUGGGAAACAAAAGCGGAAUUCUCCGCGCUUUGGUUGACGGUAGUGGCGAUAAAGAAACUCUUUAUUCCCUUGCAGGACAUGCAGAUACAGAUUAA